AUGUCCAUCUACCUCAAGCAUAGGGAUGACCAGAGCUUCCUGGCCAACACCACCUGCGCUGUCCUGCAGCUGGUCUCCUACACGAGGAGGAUGGUGGGGGUCCCCAACACUGAUGUCAUUGACCUGUGCGAUGACCUGGGCACCCCCAAGCUGCUGUUCCAGGUGACCAGCCUGAGCAAGAGGGCCAACAAGUUCCUCCAGGUGCAUGGCACCUACUAUGUGUGCAGGGUGCAGUCCAGAGCACCCAGGACAGAGGAGGAGCACAUGUGCUGGUCCUUUAUACCCCUCCUGGAGCAUGCCAGCCCAGUGCUGACAAGGGGACAAGGAUGGGGAGCAGCCAGGUGGGUGGGCACAGGCAUGGGGGCCCGGCACUGGGGCCAGGGGCUGCUGCGGAGCCCCCAGCCCCAUCCCUGGCAGCAGAGGCCCUGCGACCGCACAGGAGGCAUACUGGCACCCUGA